ACAGCAUCUGUGCAGCUUGAACAUCACUCAUGGCUCCCCAAACCCAAGAGGCCCAGUAGCUUCUCAGAGCCAGAGGGAGCAAUCACCUUUUCUCUCAACUAUCUUGCUUAUGAGCUACAGGCCCUCCUGUGAAGCUCUGGCUGAACCACCUGAAAGAAGAUGAAGGCUGUUGGGAAGAAGAAAGAAUGUCUUAAUGUAUUCCCUCUUGAGGCAUUUUGAAUAUUAUGGACCUAAGUUUCAUUUGAAAAUCAUUGAUGUGACUAAUGAAGUACCACAGAUAAGCAAUUUAGUACAAGUAAUAAGCCAACUCAAAAGGAUAAUGAAGAAAUUGGUUCUACUCAAAAUGUUCAAGAGCCGAAACCGCAGAAUUAAGUGGCUUUGGGAAUUAGCCAACAAAUACCUGAAAAUGCUAGUGCUUGAAAAGCCAUCAAAGAGAUCCACUUCCAUUUUAGGGAUGAGCGUCUCCUCUGCAGAUAGUUUGAGUUCUAAUGCUGAUAUGGUCAUUGAGCCUGUCAUAGAUAUUACUAAGGUGUCUAUUGACAAAGAGGUUGAAGAUGAUUGUUUCCCUGAGACAUCCUUGAAGGCUUCAACCUCAGGAUGUUAUGAAGCACUCUGCUUGAAAGGCCUCCCUCACCGGUUCCACAUGCCAGCACCCAGAAUGCUCUGUAGACCUUCAGCUCUGAGAUGGACCAAGCCCUGCUGCACCAGAUCGUGUAAUGAGUCUCUGGAGCACAUCAUCACCAUCAAUUAUUCAGAAUGUCAGAAGUCAUAUUCUAAACUGGCUUGACCGGACUGACGCUCAUUUCAGAUGCUCUGAAGAUACUGUAGUAAGAAGAAUCCUGAAGAGAUAGAUCUAUUAAGUGCCCUAUUAACUCAUAUUCCUGCAAUAAAUGGGAUAUUGAUCAUCCUUCAAACACAAAA